UGGUGCUACGCAAGAUAUUUGUACUGUUGACCCUUCCAUCUCUGCCGACACUCUCACAAUGUCCACUGAUCCUGCUGUUGUCACUUUUGAUGAGAAUGAGCCUUUCUUUAGUGGAACAUCUGUCAUUGCCAGUGGCAACUCACAUGGCUUCUCAGUUGGUUCCUCUGCCAAUGUUACUGGUGACACACAUGUCUUCUCUGCUAACAACACCUCCAGUGUGUCUAAUGCUCCCACCCAACCCAGUUUAUCCAGCACAUCCUACAGUACAUAUCUUGGCCUGUUUGAGGAAGAAUACCUGUCUGAUGACCCUGACCUCCAAGAAGCCAUUUCAAGGUCUCUAGAUUCAAGUGCAAUUGAGAGUGACCUACCGAUGAGCUUAGAGAGUAUCAUGGCGCAGAUUGUCUCUAGAGUAAAUAAUGACAGCACUGUACGCUUCAAUAUCAUAAGACGAAAUGUGUGGGAUGGAGCAUCCAGAGCCAUGGGCAGAUCCAAUUUUUCACCUGAGAAGAAGAUAGAUGUCAAGUUUACUGAUGACUAUGGAAUAUCUGAGGGUGCUGUUGACAAUGGAGGACCUACUCGGGAGUUCUUCCGACUUUGCCUUGAUGAAGUCAAGGACAAAAUUGGCAUUUUUGAAGGUCCACCUAAUGCUAAAGUCCUUACGUGCAAUUCCAAAGCAAUGAAAGACAAUGGAUACUUCUGUGCUGGCCAGAUCAUGGCAAUGUCAAUUGCCCAUGGAGGACAGAGUCCAUGUUUCUUAUCUGAACUCUUGUAUGAGUGUCUUCAAAAGGGUCCAGACAACAUCAAAGUCAACACUGACCAUAUUACUGAUGAAGAAACAAGGUCACAGGUGCAAUCGAUCUUAGAAGCUGACACAAAAUCACAACUGCAGGUUGCAGUUGCACAGGCAGGCAGCUUGAUCAGUCUUGCUGGUCACAAUGUUUGCAUAACACUGGAAAACAAACAAGAAACUGCUUUGGAUUUGGCUCACUGGUAUGUCCUCCAGCGAACCCGUGCACCUUUUGAAAGGUUCAGAGAUGGCUUGAGGUCUCUAGGUGUCCUAGAUGCUCUACAGAAAUAUCCUCUUCAGAUGAAGUGCCUUUUCGUGAAAGCUGGAAAAGCUCUGAAAGCGACUGAUAUGGAGAAUCUUUUCAAGAUCAUUCACUCCGAGCGAGGAAGUAAUGCAUUCCAAGACGAGUGCCGAACCCUGGCUUUCUGGCAAGACUAUCUUCAGGAGGCUGAAUUUGAAAACGAUGUCUCUCUGGAAGAUAUCCUUGUUUUCUGCACUGGAUGUGACAGCAUUCCGGCACUGGGUUUCUCUCCAAAGCCAAGCCUUGAGUUUAUCACAAACUGCAAAUUUCCAGUCGCCAACACUUGUGAAAUUAUUCUUCGUAUACCAGUUCAUGCAGUAUACAGCUCAUUCAAAUCAGACAUGGAUUUUGCAAUACGGAAUUCACCAGGAUUUGGACGAGCAUGAUGUGUAUUCUCAAGGGUUGUAAUCAUGAUAAGAGGUUUUUUUUUUUUGGUUUGUUUUGCAUAUGCAUUUUCUUUUAUCUUGUUGCAGUCAAUAAAUGUCAGGCACUUGUUUUUGCAUUGUAGUUAAUCAGUUUUCCUGCCUAUAUAUGGGUGGGAUAUGACAUUAGAUCAUUAGAUUAGUAACAUUAGAUUAUUUAACAGCCCUGCAGGCAGCAAGAGAAAAUGUUAGAACCACACUGUUGCUUCUGCAGCACAUUUUCAGCCUGUGUUGCACUAUUUCAGAUACGUUAACCUUUUAGCAGUGCUAAAAAAGCACUGGAUGCAGAGAGAAACUAUAAUCCAUGCCAUACAGGUUUAUAAGCCAUGUUCUUGUGUUUCCAAUAUGUUGGCUUGCAUUUUAAAUACUUUGGCUAGAUGUGGUUGUUGACGGAGUUGGCAUUUUAUAAUUCCUAGAGCACAUUUUCAAAUAUGUUCUGGUAAGGUAGCUUUAUUUCAGUGUCCUGUUUUGACCUUGUUUUAAUCAGUGAUUCAUAUUGAUUUUCAUUUUCAGUUUAACUCACUGGUUAGCUGUAAGUUUUAAAAACAUCUUGUUUAAGCUUUGAAAAAGUAAGGUAUUUUUUUUAUGAAAAUGCCCACUCAAAACAGUAAUCCUAUACAUUAAAAGUGGGACUGACAGUCUCAUCUCACUGUUUCUAUAACCAGGUAGUUCCUGCACCACCGUCAAAGUACCCAUUGUCCAUAAAUUUGGCAAAGAUAUGGUUGGCAUUGGUUAUGUUAAAAGUAGUUAUACAACUACAAGGUGUAUGAGUAAACAAAUUACUCACAGCCAGUUGUCUUCUACACAGGGGUAUUUUCAUUGCUUUUUUUUUUUUUUUAAUCUCAUUGUUGCCCAGCCCUAUACUAUAGGGUACUAAUGCCU